UACAGUUUUUGUCUUCCACAGUCUCGUGAGCUGGAGAUCUCAGUCUACUGGAGGGACUGGAGAUCACUGUGUGCCGUCAAGUUCCUUCGCCUGGAAGACUUCCUGGACAACCAACGACAUGGCAUGUGCCUCUACCUGGAGCCUCAGGGAAAACUGUUUGCUGAGGUUACAUUUUUCAACCCAGUCAUUGAGCGGAGGUCAAAACUUCAAAGGCAAAAGAAGAUAUUCUCCAAACAACAAGGGAAGACGUUCCUGCGUGCCCCUCAGAUGAACAUAAACAUCGCUACGUGGGGUCGGCUGGUGAGGAGAGCCAUCCCCUCUGUCAACAACUCCUUCAGUCCAGCUCAGCUGCCAGACAUGGGGACAGAGCUCGGUCCUGAGUCCCAGUCCAUCCUGCACUUGGCCUCCCCCAGUGACCUGAUAGUGACCAAACUGGAGUUUGGCAAAGAGCCCCACUUCCCCUGAAGCGCCACACUGUGGCUUCUAUUGGAGAGCCCAUUCUGGAGAGCAGUAUUGCAGACGGAGAGAAAGUACAGGAAGCCAUGUCUACAUUUGACUUCCUGAAUGAGAGCAGGAACAGUAUGUUGAAGUGUAACCUAGACGACAGUGUUAUUGUAGAGCAGCCCAAUGAGAGGUUACCUGUCCAACGCUCCACGGAUACAAGGGAGAAGGAAGACUUCCAGUUCAGUCUCAUCGACUUUAAAUGUGUGGCAGUCCUGGGCCGAGGACACUUUGGAAAGGUGCUCCUGGCUGACUAUGAAAGUACUGGGGAGAUGUUUGCUAUCAAGGCCCUGAAGAAAGGAGACAUCGUAUCACGUGACGAAGUAGACAGGUAGGAAGUAACGCCGACAACUUAAUGACAAUAUACACUGAGCAUGCAAAACAUUAAGAACAACUUCCUAGGGGCCUCCAUAGUGGCACAGUGGUCUACGGUCCUGCAUCACAGUGCUAGCUGUGAACC